AGUACUCCUCCUCCCUACAGUCUAUAUAACACAACAAUACAAAAAAAAAACAAAACAGUCGUGAAAGGAUUUUGUGAUAGCUUAGAUUAGCAGUAGUACUAGAGCCAUACUAGAGCCUUAAGCAGUAGUUAGCUUUCCAUUAAUCCAUUUCCAUUUCCUUCUGAAGUUCUGAUGUAAUCCUUCAUUCCUUUUUCCUUCCUUGUACAGCUUAGUUUUAUUUAUCAGCAAAUUUGAUCAAUUUUGUGUUAGUUGUAUGUAUGGUAGUUCAAUCAAUUGAAAAUUGAAGCGAUGGCGACUGAACGCGACCCUGCUGCAGAUAGUAUUGAGAAAUUGUAUAAAAACUAUGAAAUAUUGGCCGAUGCAAAUUCCAGUGGUAAUAUCAGUGAACAUGAAAAGGAGUACAUGGAAAUAUUAGCAGCUGUGAAAGGUUCGCCGAAGGAAAAAAGACUAGCUUCUCAAUUUAUAGCUAGAUUUUUUAGGAAUUUUCCUGCAUUUGCAGAUCAAGCUCUUGAAGCUCAGUUGGAUCUAUGUGAAGAUGAUGAUGUUUCUAUUCGGAAACAAGCUAUAAAAGAUUUGUCGUCUAUUUGUAAGGAUAGUAAAGAACAAGUUCCUAAAAUUGCUGAUAUUUUGGCACAAUUGUUGCAAGCAGAAGAUCUCUCUGAAUUGACGACCGUUCAAGAAUCCUUGAUAACAUUGUUAAAAUUUGAUGCUAAAGGUACAUUGAGUGGAAUUUAUUGUCAACUUCUGACUGGAGAUGAUACAGUACGUGAACGUUGUGUUAAAUUCUUGUGUAAGAAAGUGGUUCCUAUGGAUCGUAGUAUAAUUGAUAAAGCAGCGGAAGAUUAUUUAAUUAUUGAAACGAAAAAAGUUUUGCAGGACGUUACCGGUGACGAAUUCAUUCAACUUAUGCAUAUAUUAAGUUGUUCACGACUAAGCCAAACACCUUUGGGACAAAAAGAACUUGUAGACAUAAUCGCUGAUCAAGCUGAACUCGAUCAUCCGUUCGAUCCUCAAGAUGAAAGUCAAGUUGACAGAAUAAUUCAUUGUUCAUAUUGCGCCCUUCCGUAUUUUCGCAUGGUAAAUUCUAAUAAAUUCGUUGCAUUUAUCAUAAACGAAGUGCUAUCUCAGUUAGAUAAAAUUUCAAAGGAGAUGAAAAAUUUCAAAUUCGUUCACUUGGAAUUACUGAAAAUAUAUGCGGAAUGUUGCGCUUUUUGCAAAACAUUGUCCAAUGUUGAAGAUAUUGUUGCAAAGACAAUUGAUUUAUUAUAUCGUUACGUUCCGCAUCCGCCUACCGAUGAAAACGCGGAAACUAAUUUUGAAUUCACUCACAUAGAAGCUGCAAUGUUCGCUUUACAUCAGUUAGGGCGAAUACAACCAGAUGUAAUAAAAGUGGAUUCAGAACUUUACAGAGAAUUAAAAUUACGAUUACAUUUUCUAGCAUGUCAUGUACAAGGUUAUAUAAAACCUUUACGCGAAGAUUUAAAGAACAAAAGCAAAACAGAUUUGAAAUCUGACGCAGAGAACAAAUUGAAGGUUGCAGCCUUGAAAGCAGCUUCAAACAUCAGCACCAUGAUUAAGGAUAUAUUUCAUAUUCCUCCGAGAUACAAAGCUGAAAUUUUGUUGUCUUGGAAAACAUCUGUUGCUGAACCUAAAACUUUGCCUGAAAAUAUCACGAAAAAUGAAAAGAAGAGAACCGCGAGUAGCAGUAACUAUAGUCAGGAAGAUGGGCAUUUGUCGUCGAAACAGAGCCGACCUAGUGGUCGAGAGUUAUACCAUCCCCCUAGUGGAAAAUUCAGUACCAAAGUGUCCGGUUACGAUGUUUUUCAGGUCCAUCGAGAAGCAGUAACUGGAGCAGUAGUCGUGUUCGCAGUAAUCGUAAUUUUAGGGGAAGUUCGAGAUGGCGUUAUUGAAUAAAACUGUGAUUGGUUCAAAACUUAUUGAACAUAAAUUCAAUUAAGUACAUAUUAUUUAUUUGUAAAUAAUUAAGUCGCUCUUUUUACUGCACGAAACCUUAAUUAAUAAAAUUUUAGAGGAGUUAAUAAAAAAUACACAUGUGAGACGUGUCUCUAAUCAAAGUUUCAUGCAGUAAAAGGAGUGAAUUAUUUAAAAAUUGUGCGAGAAAGGAAGACGACACUACAUUUUUUUGACUCUAAAAUUGUAAAUUUUUCAUUUUCAAAAUAGAAAUAUUUUUACAAGAA